UUUGUCCCUUCCUGUCCCCAGAUGUCCCCUCUGUCCCCUCUGCUGCUGCUGCUGCUGCUCCUGUCCCGCCCCGCCCUCGGCGCCGUCCACGUCAACCUCACCGAAGGCUGCCAGAUCAUCCACCCGCCACGGGACGGUGGGAUCCGCUACCGGGGGCUGACGCCGGACGAGGUGCGGAGCGUUCGGUUCCUGCCCUUCGACUACGAGAUCGAGUACGUGUGCCGGCCCGAGCGCGAGAUCGUGGGGCCCAAGGUGCGCAAGUGCCAGCGCGACGGCACCUGGACGGCCAUGGGCCACCCCAGCCGCUGCCUGCGGACGUGUCCCAAGUCCCACCUGAGCCUGGAGAACGGCCAGGUGACCGCUUUGGGGCCACCACCACACAUCCAUCUUGAGGUUCACCAACUGCGGACGUGUCCCAAGUCCCACCUGAGCCUGGAGAACGGCCAG